UGCAUCAGCACCAUCAUGAUUUCCCUUUACCUCUAAGGCAUUUGUGCAGUAGUUCGCUCGUUGUUUGCUUCUUAGCCCGGUAGACGCUCACGACCAAGGCUCCACCUUCGCUCGACGAAAUGCGCUCCAGGAUCCUUGCCAUAGUCUUCGCGGCACGCCAUGUGGCAGCGCUGCCACUCGCUGCCGAAGACGCUGCGGCGACGCUGUCUUUGACGUCCAGCGCCUCCAGCACCACCGUGCUCCCGUCUCCGACCCAGUACACGCUGCCCAACAACGACCCCAACCAGGGGGCACGCAACGCCAGUAUAGCUCGGAAGCGGGAGUUGUUCCUCUACGGCCCAUCCACUCUCGGGCAGACGACCUUCUACCCUACCGGAGAGCUGGGGAACAACAUCUCGGCCCGCGACGUGCUACUUUGGCGCCAAGAUGCGGCGAACCAGACGGCAACGGCGUACCGCGAAGCCAAUGAGACGUUUGCAGAUAUUACCAGCCGUGGCGGUUUCAAAACGCUCGACGACUUUGCGCUCCUCUACAAUGGUCACUGGAAGGAGUCGGUUCCGGAGGGCAUAUCGAAGGGCAUGUUGAGCAACUACACCUCGGACCUUCUCUUUUCCAUGGAGCGGCUGUCCUCCAACCCUUACGUCCUCAAGCGCCUCCACCCAGCCAAGGACAAACUGCCGUUCAGCGUCGAGAGCAAGGUGGUGAAGAAGCUGACGGCCACCACGCUUGAGGUGCUCCACAAGGGCGGCCGCCUGUUCCUCGUGGACCACAGCUACCAGAAGAAGUACACCCCCCAGCCAGGACGGUACGCCGCGGCCUGCCAGGGGCUUUUCUACCUGGACGCGCGGUCCAACCAAUUCCUGCCUCUGGCAAUCAAGACCAACGUGGGGGCGGACCUGACGUACACGCCCCUCGACGACAAGAACGACUGGCUGCUGGCCAAGAUCAUGUUCAACAACAACGACCUGUUCUACUCCCAGAUGUACCACGUGCUCUUCCACACGAUCCCCGAGAUCGUGCACGAGGCCGCCUUCCGGACGCUGAGCGACAGGCACCCGGUCAUGGGCGUGCUCAACCGCCUCAUGUACCAGGCCUACGCCAUCCGGCCCGUGGGCGGGGCUGUGCUCUUCAACCCCGGCGGGUUCUGGGACCAAAACUUUGGCCUGCCCGCCUCGGCCGCCAUCGACUUCCCCGGCUCCGUGUACGCGCAGGGCGGGGGCGGGUUCCAGGCCGGCUACCUGGAGAAGGACCUGCGGAGCCGGGGGCUGGUCGGCGAGGACAGCGGCCCGCGGCUGCCGCACUUCCCCUUCUACGAGGACGCGCACCGCCUGAUCGGGGCGAUCCGGCGCUUCAUGCAGGCGUUCGUGGACUCGACGUACGGUGCCGACGACGGCGACGACGGGGCGCUGCUGCGCGACUACGAGCUGCAGAACUGGAUCGCCGAGGCCAACGGGCCGGCGCAGGUGCGCGACUUCCCCGCGGCGCCGCUGCGGCGGCGCGCACAGCUGGUGGACGUGCUGACGCACGUGGCCUGGGUCACGGGCGGGGCGCACCACGUCAUGAACCAGGGCUCGCCCGUCAAGUUCUCGGGGGUGCUGCCGCUGCACCCGGCGGCGCUGUACGCGCCCAUCCCGACGACCAAGGGCGCCACCGGCAACGGGACGAGGGCGGGCCUGCUGGCGUGGCUGCCCAACGAGCGGCAGGCCGUGGAGCAGGUCUCGCUGCUCGCGCGCUUCAACCGUGCGCAGGUCGGGGACAGGAAGCAGACGGUGCGCGACGCCUUCGCCGCGCCCGACCUGCUGGCCGGCAACGGGCCGGGGUACGCGGCGGCCAACGCGAGGUUCGUCGAGGACACGGGCCGUAUAAGUCGCGAGAUGGCGGGCAGAGGGUUCGACGGCAAGGGCCUCAGCCAGGGCAUGCCGUUCGUCUGGACCGCGCUCAAUCCCGCCGUCAACCCUUUUUUCCUAAGCGUCUAAAAGGCCUGGCCAAAGCUCAGCUAAUUGUGGAUUCGGUGUCAAGGCCUGUCGCCCUCGGCGACCUGAGACGGGAGAUGGGGUUUAUGAAGAGCGAGGAUGGACAUUGGAGGUAUGGGUGGUAAUUAACAGCAUGUGGAGGGAGGGCUACACGAGCCAAACUCUGUAAUGGAUGGCCACCAGCUGCUAGUCAGCAGUUCCCACAUUCCCCAGAAUCACGGCUACCGAAUCGAAUGUUCACAGCACCCGACUUUCCAUGCAUAUGUUCAUGUCGCCGGCCUGGUUGCUUGCAUGCAUCCACGUGCGUGCCUGGCCAUGCGAGCCAUGCGAGCAGUAGCCCUGGCGACGCCAAGGGGGGACAAAGCAGGCAGUGAUGGAGGAUGGUAACAACCAUAAUGUACUUUAGUCUGGAUGCAAGUCCGUGGCUAGGGAGGAAAAAGGACGUGUCUCGCCCGCAGGAGGUAGGGCGCGGACUUUUUGGCGAGGCUGAUCCACCCCGAGCUUUUCCAAAUGAAGUCAUGACCUUGGCAUAAAAUGUCUCUCACAGUCGUCGAUAGAUGUCAAACAAAAGCCAAAUGCACGGAAGUAUUGGG